AUCAGCUUGCAGUCGGCCUGCUGGAGCCGACUUCAUCAUCGAAGCUCCAUCGCCUCCCAACUUUCCCAGACACACCAGCUCGCCCACCCACGGCCAGCACGACACCACACGCCGCGGCCUUCUACUCCGGCGCCCUCCACCACGCUAAAGCCCUUUCUAUCUCUCUCUCUCGACCCGGGCGUUUUCACGCAUCCGCCCCCCGCCGCCCAAUCUCUCUAAGAGGCAUGUCUGCCGACCAAGAGCGGGAGCACGCGCUCCAGGCCCUGCGGGCCAAGCUCAUCGAGUCGCGGGAAUGGGAGUCCAAGCUCAAGGCCUUGCGCCUGGAGAUCAAGGGGCUGGAGAAGGAUUUCAACCAGACCGAGGAGAACAUCAAGGCGCUGCAGAGCGUCGGCCAGAUCAUCGGCGAGGUGCUCAAGCAGCUAGAUGAGGAGCGAUUCAUUGUCAAAGCUUCCUCCGGACCUCGAUACGUGGUCGGCUGCAGAUCGAAAGUCGACAAGGCGAAGCUGAAGCAAGGGACCCGGGUGGCGCUCGAUAUGACGACGCUGACCAUCAUGCGGAUGCUGCCGCGCGAAGUCGACCCUCUCGUCUACAACAUGUCCCUCGAGGACCCUGGCCAGGUCAGCUUUGCCGGCAUCGGCGGCCUCAACGACCAGAUUCGCGAACUACGGGAGGUAAUCGAGCUCCCCCUUAAGAACCCCGAACUGUUCCUGCGAGUCGGCAUCAAGCCGCCCAAGGGCGUGCUUCUGUAUGGUCCUCCCGGCACGGGCAAGACGCUUCUAGCGCGAGCCGUAGCCAGUAGUCUGGAGACGAACUUCUUGAAAGUCGUCUCAUCCGCCAUCGUCGACAAAUACAUCGGCGAAUCGGCGCGGUUGAUCCGCGAAAUGUUCGGGUACGCGAAGGAGCACGAGCCGUGCAUUAUCUUUAUGGACGAGAUCGAUGCGAUCGGCGGUCGCAGGUUCUCAGAGGGCACUAGCGCCGACCGCGAGAUCCAGCGCACACUGAUGGAGCUGCUCAACCAGCUCGACGGCUUCGACUACCUCGGCAAGACUAAGAUCAUCAUGGCGACCAACCGCCCGGACACCCUCGACCCGGCCCUGCUGCGCGCCGGCCGCCUCGACCGCAAGAUCGAAAUCCCCCUCCCCAAUGAGGUCGGCCGCCUCGAGAUCCUCAAGAUCCACGCCCAGAGCGUCGUUACCGAGGGCGACAUCGACUUCGAGAGCGUCGUCAAGAUGAGCGACGGGCUAAACGGCGCCGAUCUGCGGAACGUGGUUACGGAGGCCGGCCUAUUUGCCAUCAAGGCGUACCGAGACGCGGUCAACCAGGACGACUUCAACAAGGCGGUACGCAAACUGGCGGAGGCGAAGAAGCUGGAGGGCAAGCUGGAGUACCAGAAGCUGUGAUGGCGGCGAGGAAGGGGAAGUGGGCGGGGCGUAAUAGUAAUCACAAUAUAAAAGUAUGAGAGCGCGCCGCCACGCAACACCACGCGGCACGGCGCGAUCGACACCUUGCGGUAUCUUAAGCCCGUCUCGCCUCGUCUCGUCUAUUACCCCGUUCGUCCGCCGGACGGUGUCGGGGGAAAGGGGAAGUGAAGGCGCUAGAAACCCUA